AUGAUUAUGGCAGGCCCUGACCACUCUACUGAAUUCCAUUUGCAAGACCGACCGGUUGAUGAAGGCCGAGAGAUUCGAGCCACCAUCAUCGGGGCCGGCGUCUCGGGCAUCUGUGUGUACAUUCGUCUUCUGCAGUACAUUCCCAAUAUUCGGGUGACAAUCCUGGAGAAGAACCCGUCAGUGGGAGGCACGUGGUACGAGAAUCGAUAUCCUGGUGUCGCCUGCGAUAUCCCCAGCCAUGUCUACCAGUACACAUUUGAGCCGAAUACUCGGUGGACCAAGUACUUCUCUGGCGGGGCCGAGAUUCUAGAGUACGUAAAAUGUGUGGCUAAGAAGUAUAAGGUCGACCAGAAAGUCCAUUACGACACCAAAGUCACGGGUGCCACCUGGAACAGCGAUGCUGGUAUAUGGAGUGUCGACACUGAAUCUGUUGCUCCAGACGGCGGCAAAAUCAAGGAAAAGCUGGAUUCUGAAGUCCUCAUUAACGCCACCGGGAUUCUGAAUAACUGGAAGUGGCCCGACAUUCCAGGCCUGCACGAUUUCGAAGGAAAACUGCAACAUUCCGCAAACUGGGACGCUUCCUGGGACUAUUCCAACCAAAGAGUGGCUCUUCUGGGUUGUGGCUCCUCCGCAAUUCAAAUGCUUCCACGACUUCAAGCAAAGUGCACUUCCGUGUAUAACUUUGUGCGAGGCGGAACAUGGAUCAGCCAACCUUUUGGCUCGACAUUUACCGCCGAAGCCCUCGCCGCGGGCAACGAACCGGGAAACUACACCUAUACGGCAGAUGAGCUUGAAAAAUUCUCUUCCGACCCCAAGUUUUACAAGGACUUCCGGAAAGCCAUGGAGCGAGCAAUCAAUAUGGACUAUCCCUGUCUUUUCCCCGGCUCGGCAGAAGAGCUGUCCGGUACCCAAGCCAUCAAGGCCAAUAUGAAGAGCAAACUGGCUCCUAAACCCGGGCUGUAUGAGGCCCUGGAGCCUCGUUUCGUCCCCGGCUGCCGCAGAUUGACGCCCGGCCCUGGGUAUCUUGAAGCCCUGACGCAAGACAAUGUCCAUUUCAUCAAGACUCCCAUCACAAAGGUGCUAAAGAACUCGGUCGUGACCUCCGAUGGUAAGGAAUGGGAAAUCGACGCGAUCGCGUGCGCCACCGGCUUCGACACGAGCUUUAUGCCACCAUUCCCGAUUGUCGGCCGCCAUGGUGUCCACAUGCGCGACAAAUGGUCCAAGCACGCCUCUGCGUACAUGUCGCACUCUGUCCCUGGGUUCCCCAACUACUUUAUUGUCGGCGGCCCCAACUCUGCAACGGGCGGGGGCUCGCUGCUCAUCAUCUUCGAGUCGAUCAUCGGGUACAUUGUCAAGGCCGUCAGCAAGAUCAGCCGCGAGCACCUCCGGUCCAUGGAGGCCAAGGAAACGGCCCUGGCCUCCUGGCAGGGCUAUCUGGACAAGUACUUCCCCCGCACCGUCCACGUGGACGCUUGCACCAGCUGGUACAAGGUGAACGAUAAGAUCACGGGCUUGUGGCCCGGUAGCAGUUUGCAUGCAAGGGCUUCGCUGCUAAAUCCUAGGUGGGAAGACUAUGUGUACGAAAGUCUGCCAGGCCACGACCCCUUGGAGUGGCUCGGGAAUGGAUGGACGGUCGCCGACGCCGAACGGGGAGAUCUGAGCUUUUAUCUUGACGAGGUCGAUUAUCCUCCUAUCCCGAGUGAUGAGGUCUUGGCUCGUCAGCCAGGACAAUCAUGA